CGGCGUCGGCUAACAACUUACGCGAGGGUCCCUCUUUCGGCAAAUUCCGGACAGGCUCGGCAGAUCCGCCGGGAUUUGCGAUUGGCUGGGAGAAGACGCCUCUCUGCUUCGGCGUUUUCCGGGAAGGCUCGGCUCGUUCCGUCCUGACUGGAACAGUCGGUCGUCUGGCUUGGUUUGGACGAGCGGCGGAGCAGCGGAGCGACGGGCUCCCGGGACUCGGGCAAUGGCAUCUCCUUCGCGUAGGCUGCAAACCAAGCCGGUCAUCACCUGCCUGAAGAGCGUCCUCCUCAUCUACACCUUCAUCUUCUGGUUCACUGGCAUCGUCCUCCUUGGCGUUGGCAUUUGGGGCAAGGUGAGCCUGGAAGUCUACUUCUUCCUGCUGAAUGAGAAAGCCAGCAAUGUUCCUUACGUCCUGAUCGGGGCAGGGUUGGUGGUCGCUCUGCUGGGCACCUUUGGCUGUUUUGCCACCUGUCGCGGAAGCACGUGGAUGCUGAAACUGUAUGCCAUGUUUUUAACUCUCAUCUUCCUUGUGGUGCUGGUGGCUGCCAUUCUGGGUUUUGUCUUCAGGCAUGAGAUAAAGGAUAGUUUUAAGAAAAACUAUGAAAACGCUGUGAAGCGUUACAAUGGGACCAGAGACGACCCUAGCAAAGCAAUCGAUGACAUCCAGAAAACAUUGCACUGCUGUGGUGUAGAGAAUUUCACCGACUGGAAAACGAGCGACUACUUCAAAGAAAAAGGCAUCCCCAUCAGUUGCUGCAAACCGUUGGAGAACUGUACAGACGAUGACUUGAAGAACGUCACCAGAGCAGGAGGCAAAGUUUAUGAACAUGGUUGUUUUAGCCUGGUGAUACAAACCAUGGACUCUGAGAUGGGCAUUGUGGCUGGCAUCUCCUUCGGCACUGCUUGUUUCCAGUUGAUUGGCAUUUUCUUGGCCUGCUGCCUCUCCCGGUCCAUUACCAGUAACCAGUACGAGAUGGUGUAACACUAGAAGACGGGAGAUCGCCCAACACUCCAAGGGUUUAUUUAAACAAACAAAAAAACCAGAAGAUUUUUUUUUUUUUUUAGGAGCCACUUCCCUGACAGACUUGAGUUUUUGAAAACCAGUUUGAUUUGACAGCUGCCUUUCGGAUUUUAUCUGAAUUAUGUUUGAAAGUACCAAGGACAAGGCAAGGAAGCUUUACCUUCGUGAUUUAAAACUACUGAGGGCCAGUAGUUUUAAAAUAGAUUUUUUUUUUAAAAAAGGGAAGCUUUUCAUAAUACUAUUAGUUGCAGUGUCAUUAAUCUACGUAUUUAAGUGGACGUAUUAUUUAAAUUUAUAGUAGCCUAUUCUUACUUUUGUAGUCUAACUUAACCGACAGUUGCCUCUUUUAGUUAAAUGUCCUUUUUCCCCCCCUCUUGAAUAAUGCUUUUCAUUCUGGACUAUCAAACCCCACCCAAAACCAAAGUACCUUCAAAAAAAUACGAGUGAUUUCAAUCCAGAUCUCCACAACUUCUUAGCUUGGAACUCAAAAUGUUGUGUUUUGUUUCUGUUGGAUCCAUGCCUGGAGGCUCCAGCUUGGGAUUUUUGCAAACUUGGCAACUUGAAGAUGUGUGGAUUUUUACUCCCAGAAUUCUGGAAGGUGAUGUCGGCGCAUCUUCACACUGCCAAGUUUGGGGAAAAAAACCCAAACCCAAAACUGUUCCAAUUUUUGAAGCGUCCCAAGACUUCCUUGCUGGAGGAGCUCAUCUAGAACCAGUUGUCCACCUUUGAACAAAGGGCGAUGAAGAUUUUGGUAGCUUGUACUGAAUUUUGAUCUGGAGUUGCCUUCUGACCUUUAGAAUUGGCCUCCGAGGUUCUCAAAUGUAUCUUCUGUGGUUUAAUCCCAAAUUCUGAUGAGAAGCCAACAACGUUCUGAGAGGACACUUCUAUUGAAUCGUCUUCCCUUGGAGUCAUCUCCAAAGUGGACCCUAUCUUUUGCUAAAGAGAUAAACUUCCUUUCUUUCUGGACCCUUGCCUGUAAUGGGUAGGGACAAGAUAAAAUAAUAAGGACCUGUAAGCCCCCCCCCCAGUGAGAUUGUGGCUUGUUGGCGGAACAGAUGUUUUGGGUUGUAGAAGGCCUACUGGUCCAAUUCACAGGAUCUCCAAAUGUGGUGAGAAAUGGUUUGUUGAGAGCUUUUGGUAACGUUAAUCUAGACAAGUGAUGGCUUACCUUUUUGUUGUUGCAUGCCGAAAGAGCACGCCCGCACCCAUAAUGCAAUGCGUGAGUGACACCCCCCCCCCCGUGCCCUCCUCCCCAUGCCUGACGCCCCUGCGCUCCUCCUCCUCCCACACAUGUGCAGGCAACUCCCCACAUCCCCUUUUGGGUUUUUGGGUUUCCUGGGAGCAAAAAUAGGCAGGGAGGGCAUGCUGUACCCCCCCACGCCCCGUUUUGGGCCUAGUAGACCCAAAACUUUUAACUCAUAAUGCAAUGCGUGUAUGACCCACCCACCUGCAUGCUCCCCCCACCCACACAUUCAUGCCUGACCUCCUCCCGCCACCGCACAUGUGCGGCAGAGACCCGAAAAUCAGCUGGCCGGCGGGAGGUGCGCAUGCGUGCAUGGUGGAUCUGAGCUAGGGCGACGGCUCGCGUGCCUUCAGAGAAGGCUCUGUGUGCCAUAGGUUCGCCAUCAUGGAUCCAGACGGACUGAUAAUUAUGUGUUUGUAUAAGCUAGUUUCCUAUGCAGUGGGAUGGAAUUGUAGCCCCAACCCCCUCUAACCAAACGGGAUAGAUUAAUUAAAAAGACAGUCUGUUAUUAACGCAGCUGCUUGCAAUUAUUGCAAGUUCAAGUCCCACCAGGCCCAACGUUGACUCAGCCUUCCAUCCUUUAUAAGGUAGGUAAAAUGAGGACCCAGAUUGUUGGGGGCAAUAAGUUGACUUUGUAUAUAAUAUACAAAUGGAUGAAGACUAUUGCUUAACAUAGUGUAAGCCACCCUGAGUCUUCGGAGAAGGGCGGGAUAUAAAUGCAAAACAACAACAACAAAAUAAAAUGCUGAUUUGCAAUAGCAGUAAAUUGAUCUCCCUACUUUUGAGGUUUCAGUGGGGGAAUCAGUUUCUGCAAUAGAUAGGACACUAAGCCCUUCGCUGUAUCGGCUUCCCAUACCACGCCAAGACAAAUUUACUAUAGGAAGUAAAUGGCUGGUUCACACUACGUGCUGAGCUAUAAACCAUAUACCCUGUUUCCCUGAAAAUAUGACCUACCUUGAAAGUUAAGUCUUAGCCUGAUUUUUACACGUGUGCCCAAUAUAUGCCCUACCCCCAAAAUAAGCCCUAAUUAAGAACCCACCCACUCCAGGGUGCAUGGGUAAAAAUUAAGCUAAGGUGAGGAUGGGGGAGUGGUGGAACUGCCCUACUACUUACCUUCGGAGAGUUGCAGCCAGGCCUUGCACACCCGGACACCAGUCUCGCUGGCCUAUUUCUUCCGCAGCUGGCAAGGCUUUCCUGAAUGCCUCUGACAGCAAAAAGUUAGGCCGGGGAGCAUUGCAUGCAAGUGAGAUGAGUCAGUGGAUGACAAACAUGCCCCCACCCGAAAAUAAGACCUGGUAUUUUUUUAUUUAUUUAUUUUUUUGGUGGGAAAAAAUAUAAGGCAGGGCAGGGGUGAAAUGCUCCCGGUUCAGACUGGAUCACCUGAUCCGGUAGCGAUGGCGGGUGGUUCGGAGAACCAGUAGCAAAAAUCCAUGCCCAGCUGAGCCGCGCGACCAUCAGAGGUUUUUUUUUUAAACUUUUAAAAGCAUUUUUUCUUCGGCGGAAAAAAUGCUUUUAAAAGUAAAAAAAAAAAGCCUCUGAUGAUUGUGCGGAACAGCUGGGAUCGUCAUAACCCUUUAAAAGCAUUUUUUUUUACAACCUCUUAGGCCGAAGAGGUUGUAAAAUAAUGUGUUUAAAAGCCUCCGGCCGUCGUAGCUGAGUUGCCUGAUCGUCAGAGGCUUUUUUUUUUCUUUUAAAGGCAAAAAAAAAAUGCUUUUAAAAGAAAAGAAAAGCCUCUGACGAUCAGGCAACUCAGCUGGGAUCAUCAGAGGAGCCUUUUAAAAGCAUUUUUUCUACAAUCUCUUCGGCCAAAGAGGUUGUAGAAAAAAUGCUUUGAAAAGGAAAAAUAAAAAAAGUUGGCCACGCCCAACCAGUCACAUUACACCCCCCCCCCACCAAGCCACAGAACCACAGAACUGGUAGUAAAAAAAAAAUACAUUUCACCACUGAGACAGGGUCUUAUUUUGGGGGAAAUGAGGUAGUUGUACAAGGAGUGGAAUUUGCACACUAUGCAAAACUCAAGCCCAGCUGUCUUGUUAUUUAAUGCGAUAUGUGAACCCCAACCUAGGCGAUGAGCCCUCCAAAACCUCUUUUAUCAGACAGUUAACCGUGUAUGUAUGUGAUAUUUACCCAGGAGUUUUGGACCAUGGUUUGUCACGCGAUCAUGGUCUUGAUUUGUCCCUAACCACUAAAGCAUUACAAUUGGGUACAUCCAUCAUGCGAAACCUUCAACGAAACAAACAUAUUAUGACUUGGGUGUGAUGUGUACUGGGAGUCCUUGACUUAUAACCUUUUGUUUAGUAACCGUUUGACGUUACAACGGCACUGAAAAAGCGGCUUACGACCGUUUUUCACACUCAGUGACCGUUCCAUGGUCACAUGAUCAAAAUUCAAAUGGACUCCUAUUUAGGGCGAUGGCAGUGUCCCCGGGGGUUACGAUGAGCCCCUUUUGCAAACGUUCAUGUCAAGCAGGUUUAAGUCAGGUUUAUUCAACAACUCUGUUCCUAACUUAACCGCGGCAGUGAUUCAUUUAGCGACUGUGGCAAGAAAGGUCGUAAAACGGGUCAAAACUCAAUAAUAGAAAGUCUUGCUUAACAAGAACGUUUGGCUCCAUUGCGGUCGUAAGUCGAGGGCUAUCGGUGUUAUCUUCUGAAAGACACUCCUGACGAUUGUGCGGUGUUAUCUCGCUACUCAUUAAUUAGUUCCGGAAGAAUGAACAUGGGUACUAAAAGCGAUUACCAAACAAACCAUGUGACUUACUAAGUGAUGCUUUGUUUUUGCCGGGAAGGACUUCCUGUCUGCUCUCGGCUGCUGUUCCCCCUUUUCUUAUGUCAGGAACCUUCCCAGCCUGGCUGACUUCCUGCCCUCCCUCUGUGGCUGUCCCCCUCUUCUUAUCGCGGCGGGUCAAGAACCAACCCACGAGUACCAAGACACGUUUUUGUGUCAAAAUGCAUCAAGUACCCAAUUGGACAAGUUUUGGAACAGUCUAGUUCCAAAGUGUACCGCUGCACAUAAGUUUCAUGUAUCUCUGUACAUAAAUAGGGUACAUCAAUAGACAACACCUGGCUUGAAUCUUAAAUUGUGGUCUGGAAAAAAAAAAAUCUCCUCUUGGCCUCCUUUCCAAUUUCCUCUGCCCACUUCUGCCUGAAUGCUAUUUGGUGCUAGUUCCUUGCAUUCUGAAAACCCCUGGAUUUUUUUUGGGAAAGGAGGUUUCCUUUGACCCACGCUCCUUGUCUGGGGAACAAUUCCUACUCUGAAAACAAAUUCCGAUUUCAGCGACGCCUUUGAAGUUGAGUUGUUGUGAUCUUUGUGUCUCUGUGUGUGUAUUUUUAAGACUCGAUGAGUAAGAGAGUCCUUGAUCUUAGCUGUCACUCUGCAUCUGUUUGAGUAUGGUUUCAUCAUCAGUAUUAUGUGAUGCUUUGAAUAUGUUUCUUUUUCUGUAUUCAAUAGAAGAAUCUUCCCUGACCCAUAAUAAACCUUUAUACACUU